CCGUCGUCUCGGAUGGACGUCGCGCGAUUUUAAUUCGUUCGAAAGACGAUCGCGGCAAAUUCAAUUCGGAAUACAAAAGUGAUAACGGCUUUACGAAGACAUAAUAAGCAAUAAAAGAGUUUAUUGGAUCGUGAAACGGAUUGUGUAGUCACUCGGAUUGAGUUUUGGAGUGAAGUGGAAAAAGUGAGGUUGAUACUUUGAAGUGUUGAAGGAAGUUUUGAGAAGACCUUAAUGUUUGUUGGAUAAUUUUCAGAUAAUGCAUCCGCAUCCAUUUCGGUCCACCGCCACCGAGCCAUACAGCGAAUGGAUGAAUGGCUGAGCCAUGCCUGCGCUGGUGUGGAGCCUACGAGCGCAGACGAUGUGCCCGCUCGGCCACCAGCUUAAGGCAGGGCUCGUCGUCAUCGUGGUUAUGGUGCUGGGAUUCUUUAACGAGAGCCAAGGGAGUGCCCACUACGGCGAGGACAGCGUGGGCUCGUUUCCAUACUUCGAGUACAACGUCCCCAGGAAUGUGACCACAGUGGUGGGUCAGACCGCCUUCCUGCACUGCAGAGUGGAACAGCUAGGAGAUAAAGCGGUAUCCUGGAUCAGAAAAAGAGAUCUUCACAUACUAACAGCUGGGAUUUUGACAUACACAUCGGAUCAAAGAUUUCAGGUCAUAAGGCCGGACAAGUCAGAGAACUGGACGCUGCAGAUCAAGUUUCCCCAGGAGAGGGACGCGGGCAUAUACGAGUGCCAAGUCAACACGGAGCCCAAGAUGUCGCUAGCCUUCCAACUAAACGUUGUCGAAGCGAAGGCGCACAUCCUGGGUCCAGUAGACCUGUACGUGAAGACGGGCAGCUCGCUGUCGCUAACCUGUAUCCUGAGCCAGGGCCCGCAUGACCUGGGCACCAUAUUUUGGUAUAAGGGAUCAAAACUAAUAGAGUAUAAGGAAGUAGAAGAGAACGAGAUAGCAGAGGAGCCGAGGGUCCGGUUGAGGACGGAGUGGACGGAGCAGCUGACGUCACGGCUGACUAUAGAGAAGCUGCUGCCGAGUGACAGUGGGAACUACAGCUGCGUGCCCACUAUGGCGGAGGCCGCGUCGGUCAACGUUCAUGUUAUAAAUGGUGAGCACCCAGCAGCGAUGCAGCACGGGAAUGCAAACACAGCAUCACCCACGGCGCUGUCGGUCAACCUCCUCAUCUCCUUGUACUGUACUCUCGCUACGCUGUACACCAGUACAGUAGACGGGUUUAGGUGAAAGUUACAACGCCCGCCGGCAUUUGAGGGUUAGAUGUAUAAAUGUAGGUGAAUUUUUUAUGGUGCAAUAAGAUGCGGUUGGCGUGGUGAGGGUUAGGUUAUGUCAUGGUAUAAGAGUUUUGUAAAUAAUUGCGAUUGGAAGAAAUAGAAGUAGGUUUGGGAAGACUCCUCAGAACAAAGAUUUUUUUUGUUGAUAUUCCUUAUUAUGUUAGUUUUAUUUCAAUUCACUGCAAGAUUACCCAUAUUAUACACAUUCAAAUUGAACUAUGUAUUAGGUACAGCUGACCAUAGUAAGUAGUUUUUCUAAAUUAUAAAGAAUUGUAUAAAAUAAUGGGACGUUUUUCCCGAGACGGCUUCAUUAAGUAUACAGUUUCUUAUUAGUACGAUUUUUUUAUGUCAAGACAAAUACGUAGGUAUACAAUGUUACCAAUUUUAAUAAUACCAAUUUUAAUAAGUAAUACCCGGAUUGAUUUCAUUUUAAUAUACAUUUAUUUUAUGAAAAAUGAAAAUGUAUUUCCCAAUUCCAUAAUCUUAGCCUCAACACGCCAAUGGCUUAAUGUGAAAAUGAUAUUACUAAGAUUUGUGUUAAUUAAUUAGAAAUAAAUUAAAUUAAUGAAGUUCUCACUCUGUUCUAUUGUAUGUUAUAUUUUAAAACGAAAUUACUUUUUAGUCAAAUGAAGACAUGGGUAUAGUUUCGA